GUCUCAAUAGACGAGAGCACUUCAUUGACUCUUGAACGAGAAACAUGGCUGGCCAGUUGAUCAUUUCUCUAUCUUUUGUAGCGUCUCUCAACUUCUUUGUCCAGGCUGAUCUAUUGGAUAACUUGAAUUUCACAAGGACAAAAACAGCGCAAUACGACGAGUUGUAUAACGAUGGCUUGUACGCUUACAAUUUGAAGAACUAUUCAGCUGCCGUAAAAUACUUCGAACAAGCGAUAGCUGACUACAGACAGCAAAACGAAGUCAAACUUCACUGUCGCUCAACUUGCGCAGAAAAGUUUCGUAAAUCGCUAGGUUUCCGUAAUGUCGGGGCUGUCUUAAAGGACAUUGAGUUAGAAUAUUUUAGAUUCACUAUUUUUUCGCGAAAAUGCACGCAAGUAUGUCGUGAGAAAUACUUGGGCAAGAGGGCUGCCGUGAGUCCACGCGUGGACGAAGAUUUCAAGUUCAGGAGGGCAUAUUCCUAUCUGCAUUUCGCGUAUUACAAGACUGGCCAGAUCAUCAAAGGUGCCCGGGCUGCAUACACCUUCCUGGAAACAUCCCCAGAUGACCAGUUCAUGCUCGAUAACAUGAAAUACUAUAAGUCACUCCCCAUUGUCACAGACGACCUUAUGAUCUCUUUUGAGCCAAUGCUACACCAAGAGAAAUACUUCAAGGCUGUUAAAUUCUAUGAAGAGCAAAAGUUUGAGCUGGCAGUUGAGGGCUUUGAGGAAACACUAAAGGAGUAUUAUAAGGCGUAUGAGAGAUGUAAGCUGAUGUGUGAGGAGAAGAGGGAGAGCAACAAGAUGCUUGGACGAAGCGGACUUUAUGGAGUGUAUGUGGAUGUGUUGAGCUGUCGGGCUCAGUGUCCGAUAGAACUGGCAACAGUCAAGGGGCACACAGUUGACAAAUAUCUGGCCAGACACUAUAAUUAUCUGCAGAUGAGUUACUGGAAAGCUGGUCAAACUCUCAAAGCUGCCGAAUGUGCAACCACUUACCUCCUGCUUGAUCCAGAUGAUGACAAUAUGAUUGACAACCUUAAGUACUUCAGAUGGUAUUCCAAGGCUAAUGGAGAGCAGAUCCAGGCAAGAAAGGAAGUAAUUGACUAUUACCGUGAGGUCACCUUAGAAAGCAGGCUUCUACACCUUGCCGUGAUGUACACAGAUGAGGACAAUAUGGCUUUCUCAGACGAAUUGUUUGAAGAUGCUGAUGCACCUGACAGUGAGGAGGACAAGAAGGAUAAAGGUUUACAAAUAGCAGAGGAUCUCGUAGAAGGAGAGGACUCAGAUUACUCAGCCAUCCGUCUAUCUGGCCUUGGACCUGCCAGGAGUCCAAGUGAAAUCAGACCCAUCCAGGAAAAACUUAAGGAAGGAAAAUAUCAGAAUGCUGUUGUAACAAUGACAGAGGACAAGCUCAAUGGGAGCAAUAGAUUUGUUGCAGAUCAGUUCAUUUCUGAGGAGGAAUGUAAAACUCUUAUGGACCUCGCAAGGAAGACUGCCAAACUAGGAGAUGGCUACAAUGACCGGAGCAUGCCGGAUGGGAAACCUUUCUCGUUCACGGAGCAGGAGACUUUUGAAGGAGUUACUCCAGUGUCAGCGGCAAAGGCCAUAAUGCAAGGAAAAGUGGAUAUUGAGCCAGUCGAUCUGUACUUAAACUCCAGCGAGAGGAUGCGGGAUUUCGUGGAGGAUUAUUUCCAACUGGAAACACCUCUGUACUUCUCAUACAGCCAUCUGGUCUGCAGAACGUCACUACCAGGGUCCAAGGAGAAGCAGCACAUCAGUCACCCUGUGCACUCAGAUAACUGUCUGUUGCACCAUGACGGACCGGGCACGUGUCCCAAGCGAUCGCCUGCAUUCACGUGGAGAGAUUAUAGUGCCCUUCUGUAUCUGAACGAAGACUUCGAGGGUGGCGAAUUCAUCUUCACACACCCCAACGAGACAAUUCAGGCGGCAGUAAAACCCAAGUGUGGCCGAAUGGUUGGCUUCUCGGCCGGUGUUGAGAAUCUCCAUGGAGUCCUCGGCGUGGAAGGUCGAAGGUGCGCGGUCGCAUUGUGGUUCACGAUGCGCGUCAAGCAUGACGAGAUGUCGCGAUGGGAAGCCAAGAAACUCGUGCGCCAGGCCAAGGAAAAGAUGGUAGGCAAGGAAAAUCUGCAACAGCAGUUUGCCAAGCCCGAUAUCCAGAGCCAUGCCGAGUUAUAGGCGUCUAGUACAGAGGCAAUUGAGUCCUCCAUAUUACUGCUGGUAGGCGGAGUAGAAAAACAUAAAACAAGAGCGAUGUGGCGCCAAGACCGAGGUUGGUAGACGAGUUAGUGUUAGCAAGCUGACAAGCCUAGAAGCAUGUAGUAAUAGAGGUGAGAUAGAGGUAAGAGUUGACCACACACCUCUACAUAAUGUGUGUGUGCUUAAAUAUUCGGGGCGCAUAUUUUUAACCACCGAAAUGCUCCAGAAACUGUGUUUCGUAUAUCCCCCCGUAUUUUUAAUUCCCCUGAAUAGGGUAUUCCUUGGUGUUACGGAGGGCUUUGUUUAAUAGUGCUGUAGGCAUUUGUACUCUCUUUCAUUGUCUCGUUCUAAGGUCUUUGUUUUUGGCUUUUGUUCUAUUGUGUUUUUGGUGCUGGUGCUCCGUAACACCAAGAAACUACCCAUAAAUCAUACCAACGACGAAUCAUUGUAAGACAGCAGUGUUCUCUUGCAAAUACUCUACCGAGUGUGUUGAAUGCAUUUGGCAAGAGAUAACAGAUAGUUCGCUGUUAUGACCAAGUAAUUGGUUUAGAAUGACAGACGUACCUUCACUCUUAGUCACUAAAGAUACAAAUACGGCGUGUGCUGUUAUGUUAGAUAGGCCAUUUAAAAAAAAGAAGAUAGGAUAAAAAGCCUUCCGUGCUAUAUUGCGACAGAUGAAGACCAGAAGAGUUUAUAUAAGGGUAAGGAUGUGACCACGUGCUGAAAGUAACUUACAAAGAAGCUAUAUCGAGAGCUUUUUAUAACGACUGCCCUCGUUCUGUGAGGCAGUGAGGAUUGCUUUACAAUUUUCUGAAUUUAAAAAGAUAAUAUAUUAUAAUAUAUAGAAAUUAUGUAUUAUAAAUGACCACAUUUUAUAGAGUUUUAUAUAAAAAGAGAUCUUGUUA